CCGUAUCUACUACGCAACUUCCGCUAACUCGCUGCUGAGCAAAAUGGACGCCUUUGUGUCUGUUUUCUUCGUGUUCGCACUAUAAAUACUGUUUUCACCGCGAUGCACCACCUUUGACAUGGCGAUGUUUACGCGGUGUCGCGAGAAACGUGAGUGAAAAUCGCGCAGUGCCGGCGAGCGGAACGCGUUCACUAGUGAUCGACGGCCGAACGUGUCCAACCAAAUAGGCCACAACCACGGAUGACAAUUGAGCGAAUAUCUUCACGACGAGAAGUUCUCGCAAGCGUUUUCGGCAGGGAGGGACCGUUUGUUUUGCCCAACAGCGUGAACAUCGAUGGUUUUCACACGCUGAACUGCCCAGGGAUCUUGGAUUAUGAUACGCCUCCCGCCAAAAUUCCAUUCACUGCUCGCAUUCUGCAGUAUAAAUAAUCGUUCCGCGUAGCUGGCGGAAUAUCAUUCACAAGGGAGCUUGCCAGCCUGUAGCAUCCACUCUUGAGGCCAUGUUAUCAUACAUAUGAUAGUGGAUGGUGGAUAUUCUACCAGCGAAGCAGAUUCGGUACAGAGGGACUGUUUGUUUUGGUGAACAAUUUGACCAUCGAUGUUUUCAUUCAACCAAUUGAUGCUGUAAUUUGCAGGAUAAAUAAUUAUUCCACACAGCUGGCAAAAUUCCAUCCAUAAGGGAGUUUGUCAGCCUGUAGCAUCCACUCCUGAGGCCAUGUUAUCAUAUGUAUGAUGUUGAAUGGUGGAUAUUGUAAAAGUGAAGGACAAAAAAUUAGGACUUACAAUGGAUCGAUUAUUGGAGGAUCCUCGAGCUUCUUCAAAAUUUGGUUGAUACAUUCUGGUGCACCAUGGGAACUUAAAAGAGACUUUGUUAAGUUCCCAGUAUACGCCUUAGUGCUAGUGUUCUUUGACAAGCGUUAGAUACAAUUCUGUUCGACGGUGAAACAAUUCUUAUAUCGGAAUGUCUUGAACAUGCGUGUGUAAAAACAAAAAGUUCAACAAUGAUUUCUUUGAACGUUUGUGAGAACAGUGCAUUUAGAUAUGUUCUGUUGAUUUAUAUUUAUCAUAUACUGUGAAUGAAAAACAUUUUGUCUACAUGUCAGUGCGGUGUUCGUUACGUUGGAUAAUUCUAUGAACCUCAGAGUACACGUAAGGACACUGGACCUAAUUUUAAUCAUAUUUUUUGUCCAGGCUGUAAUGCCAGAACAAAUCAAAUUCAAGAUGAACGGGGUUAUACCGAGUGUGCCAAUCACAACUCUCGCUGGUAUCGCGAGUCUCACCGACUUGUUGCCUGAAAUGCCCCUUCCAACACCGCUGCCGCAGACAUUGACUAACAAGUCCCUUCUGUUUCAUCCAAGAGUGGCCGAAGAAGCACAAAUCCUGCUAAGUGUCCGUAACGAGAACUUGGUGCCGCAGCUGAUAUUGUCCCUGUCGCAAACGUCCUCGGAUCACAUAGAGCUGAAAGACAAUUAUGCAAAUACGGUACAACCUUUGGAAACCGAACAAAAUACUCCAGAGCUACUGAAAGCGAUUCUACAGAUAAAUCCACACGUAUUCAAGGGUCCUCAGUACAAUUCGCCGAGAAACUGGCCCCAAGGUACGCCUAUGAUGCAUAGCAAUCAAACGUCGGCGAAUUACGGACGGUUCUCUCCAUCCUACUCGAGUUCCUCGGGAUCGAGACAAACGCCGCAAGGUAGUCCAGCACACCCUGCUGCCGCUAGAACGGUACUCCCUCCGCCAACCGGUAUCAUCAACCCCCUACCUAACAUGACACCGCAGCCGAACAUGUACUCUCCAGCACAUAUGAGUUCCCCAGGUACGCCGUUAACGACUCUCGGUAAUCUAACCCCCCAACACCAUAACAUGGCCGGUAUGACGCCCCAACAUAACAUGCACAUGGCAUCCUCCAUGGGACCCAAUAUGCCGAUCCAACAACACCAAACCAUUAGCAUGCAGCAGAAUGUGUACGAUCCGAUGAUGAACCAACAAGUGCAUCAUCCCCUAAGUACGCAUCAGCCGAUGGAUUUGGACAAUACAGUGCAGGAAAACCAACAGUUUUUAUUAGAUCCGGUGACAGGUCUUCCCGACAUCGAUUUGCCGAUCGAAAAUAUCGAGGCGAAACAAGGUAUGGAUAACGCGACGCAGCAUUUAUUGUCGACGACGCAGGCCACAUCCUACCCUAGCAUGGAGACCGGAGACAUGGUCAAUGCUAUAAAUAGUAACCCAACGCCGAUCAUACAGCAUCAGCAGAACAAUAACUCGGAAAAGGGGCUAAAGCUGCCUGGCCCUUUACCGGAGAAACUGAAGGAGCCGGUGGUCAUGUUGGACAGACUAUCUCUCGCGGACCAAGCUCUGAUGCAGAAGAGUUUAGCUGCGUUCGCGGAGAAGUCGCCAAGUCGCGCGGCGAAAAUGGGAAUCUCGAAUCGCGAGGAGGUGAAGUCCGAGUCGGAAAGCGAGGAAGAAAUAGGUAAGAACAAUAAAUACUUUAAGGCACGAGCGAAAGAACGUCAGGUGCAACGGGAGAAAGAGAAGGCAGAAAGGAAGAAGGGCGAGGAGAAAACGCGCAGAAGAAGAAGGGUAUUGGACGAUGAUGACGAGGAAGAGGAGGAGAAGAAGGAGCAGCAGUUAUCGCCGAGUAAGCCAAAAAUCAGGAAGAUCGAGAAGAAGCUGGUUCCGGUGUUGGCGAAGCUCAGCGUGGAGGAGCUGAUGGAAACGAACACGUAUCAGCGUUUCAACACAACCAUAGAGACGAUAUUCGAGAACACGGAAGAUGCCGCGGCCAACGCUGAGUUUGAGGAUGACGGCGACGUGCCUCCGGAGCUGUUAAUCCCCAAGUACCAGCUGCACGACCUCUGUACCGAAGCGGCCAAGCUAAAGGCGCUAGGGGCUAUGGAGUCGAUUCCCUCGGACAGGUUAGUCAGACUGUUGAACAUUCUGGAGAAGAACAUCCGUGAUGGGGCGAAGGUAUCGCCUCUCGCGGACCCCGACGACGACAUCGAAGAGAGUCGUUUGUGGAUGCAGCUGGCCAUGGAGAGGGUACAGCGUGCGAUGGAUGCGUCUCUGAUCGCGUUGCACAUCAUGACGUCGAACAAUAUGCCGAAGAUGGUCUAUCUGGAAGACGUAAUCGACAGAAUAGUCCUGUUCAUGAAGUUUCAGCUGCAGAAUACAAUAUAUCCCUCUUUCGAUCCCGUUUAUAAGAUAGACACGAAAAACAAGACUGACAAUUAUAAUUCUAGCGGCCGUAAGAAGAGGGGUCACAUGAAAGAGGUCCGCGAGAAGAGCAUCCUCCAGGUGUACAACAAGAUGCACGAGCUGGUCGGCUUGCUCGCGGAACUGCUAAACAUACAGGUGCUGACGGAUACCAGUGUGCUACACGCGUCCACGCUGGGCGUCGCGCCCUUCUUCGUCGAGUCUGUCAGCGAUCUUCAGUUGAGCGCGCUAAAGCUCGUCACCGUAAUCUUCACCAAGUACGAGAAGCACAGAAGGCUGCUACUGGACGACAUACUGGCGUCCAUAGCCCGGCUUCCGAGCAGCAAGCGAAGUUUGAGAACGUACAGAUUGAACUCCGAGGAUCACAUACAGAUGUUGACUGCGUUGGUGCUCCAGCUGAUUCAGUGUGUAGUCGUCUUGUCGGACAACGCGAUACCGCAACAGAAGAAAUCUCAGGACGAGGAGGAGAAGAAGGAGGAGAAGAAGCCGAGCUACGUGGACGCGGACGUGUUGAUCAUCAACAAGUACGAGACGGCGACCAGAAUAGCGGGGAAUUUUUUAAACGUAUUUCUGAGCAAAUGCGGCAGCAAAGGGGAGGAGAUCGAUUACAGACCGUUGUUCGAGAAUUUCGUGCAGGAUCUGCUGGCCACCGUGAACAAGCCGGAAUGGCCGGCAGCGGAACUGCUUCUCAGUUUGCUUGGCAAGCUGCUUGUGGGUCACUUUUCAAACAAAAGCUCGGACAUGUCGCUCCGGGUGGCGUCCAUCGACUAUCUAGGCGUCGUUGCGGCUAGAUUGCGGAAGGACGCCGUCAGCUCUCACUGUAAAUUGUCUACGAUCGAUCAGAUCAUCAAGGACAUCAAGAUAGAGCAGCAGAAGGAUUCCGAUUACGACCAGGUCAAGGACAAGGAGAUCCACGGUCUGAGCGAAGACGAGGAGAGGACAGUUUUUUUACAGAAGGUCCUGUUGGACUAUUUGGCUGUAAACGGGACAAAGGAUUCUGCAUUGGGCUAUGCCCGUCAUUUCUACCUGGCGCAAUGGUACCGGGACUGCGCGGUCGAGAAGUCGAAGGUUGGGCAAGCGAAGAAUAGCCCCAGCAAAAAGAUGCACAAGAAGAGGGUCAAGAAGAAGAACAAGCACCACUCGAGCGAUCAGGAUUCGGAAUCCGAUCUCGACGAGCCGGACCCGGACGAGAACGACAACAACGAGCAGAAGAAUUCCGAGGCUUACAGGAUCAUCGAGGAGAAGAAGAAGUACAUUAUAAGUAGAAUAAGGCCGUACAGCACGGGCACGAAGCCGGACAUCCUACAGACGUACAUCGAUUACAAUUCCGCAGAGCUUAUAUCGCAGUAUCUCGCCUCGAAGAGGCCGUUCUCGCAGAGCUUCGACCGGUAUCUGAAGCAGAUCUUGCACGUGCUGACGGAGUCGUCGAUAGCGAUCCGGACGAAGGCGAUGAAGUGUCUAACGAUGAUCGUCGAGGCCGAUCCGAGCGUGUUGGCGAGGGGGGACAUGCAGUUGGGCGUAAAGCAUUCGUUUCUGGAUCACGCGACGUCCGUGAGGGAAGCAGCCGUUGACUUGGUAGGGAAAUUUGUACUAAGUAGGCCGGAAUUAAUAGACAAGUAUUACGACAUGCUGUUGGCGAGGAUUCUGGACACCGGGGUCAGCGUGCGGAAACGGGUGAUCAAGAUCUUGAAGGACAUCUGCAUGGAGUGCCCCGACUUCCCGAAGAUACCGGAGAUCUGUGUGAAGAUGAUCAGACGCGUGAACGACGAGGAAGGCAUUAGGAAAUUAGUGAUGGAGGUGUUUCAAAACAUGUGGUUCACGCCGGUCAGAGAGCGUCCCAGCCUGGACUCCGAGUCGCUGUUGAGGAAGGUGAUGAACAUCACGGACGUCGUGGCAGCUAGCAAAGACAUGGGCCUUGAGUGGUUCGAACAGCUGCUGGUAAGCUUGUUCAAGCCGAAGGAGGACAAAGACGAUAGUACAAAAAUGCAAACCGAGCCGCCGAAGGCGUUGUUGACUGCGUGCAAGCAGAUUGUUGAUUGUCUGAUCGAAAACGUGCUCCGACUGGAGGAGACCAACCUGGAGGAGGCCGAGAAGCUAGAGAAGAAGGGCUCCUCGCAGAGGCUGGUCGCUUGUUUGACUACCUUGUAUCUGUUCGCGAAGAUACGGCCGCAGUUGCUGGUGAACCACGCAAUCACAUUGCAGCCUUAUUUAAGUUUAAAGUGCCAGACGCAGGGCGACUAUCAGAUCAUCAGCAGCGUGGCGCACACACUGGAGCUGGUUGUGCCGCUGAUGGAACAUCCGAGCGAGACUUUUUUAGCGCAGCUGGAGGAGGACUCGGUCAAGCUGAUCCUGCAACACGACCCCUCGGUCGUGGCCAGCUGCCUGUCCUGCUUAGGUUCUAUAGUUAACAACGUGACCAGGAACUUUAAAUUGAUCCGCGACUGCUUUAAGAAAUAUUACGGUCAUCUGACCGAGUACAAAUCAUUCUACGAGAAGAAUCCAACGAAUCCGAUGCUACUCAAAUACCGACCGUUCGUCAGGCGGGCGUUGUUCACGGUCGGCCUGCUGUUGCGGCACUUCAACUUCACCGACCCGGAGGUGAUCGAAGGCCUGGCGGAGAACAUCAAGGACCAGGUGUUCGAGACGCUCAACUACUUCGUGAAUCUCGACAACGACGACGUGAAGCACUUCACGCUGUCCGCGAUCGGCUCCCUUUGCAUACGGCAUUACGAGCUGAUGCUGUUGCCCGAGCUGAAGGAGCUCUACCAUCAUCUGCUCACGUCCGAGAACGCGCUUGUCCACAUGAGAAUCCAGGUGUUGAACAACGUCGAGGUGUACCUGCAGGAGGAAGACAAGAGGAUGAUCAAGCAGGACAUGGAGUGGGCCAAGAGGUCGAAGCAGGAGAACUUGAAGGAGAUGGGAGACGUGUCUUCGGGUAUGGCCAGCACCGUGAUCCAGUUGUACGUCAAAGAGAUCCUCGAGGCUUUCUUGCACGCCAACGUGAACGUCCGGCACGCGGCGCUUAAGGUGAUCCAGUUGAUUCUGGCACAGGGCCUGGUGCACCCGGUGCAAAUCGUCCCGUAUCUGAUCUGUAUGAGCACGGAUUGCGAGAAAGCGGUGAGCCACAGCGCGGACAAACAGCUGCAGGACAUCGAGAAGAAGUAUCCUGGCUUCAUUCACAUGAAGUCGCAAUUGGGUAUCAGGCUGAGCUACCGACUGCAGAAGAUCUUGCAGAACGAGAUGACGGUGAGGGGUAUGCGGGUGAAGGAGGGCGAGUUCCCGGGCGCGUUGAACGGUUUCCUCUACACGAUCCUGAGGAACACGAAGCAGCAGAGGCGAGCGAUCGUGUUGUCCUUCCUGAAGCAGUUCGACGAAACCGCGAAGACGAGUUUGUCGCAGAUGCUGUAUCUGGCCGACAAUCUCGCUUACUUUACAUAUCAAGUACAGGACGAGCCACUGUUCAUCAUCCACCACAUCGACAUCAUCAUCUCGAUGUCCGGUACAAACCUGCUGCAGUCGUUCAAAGAGGCGUUACUACCGAAGGAAGGCAGCAACCAACAACAGCAGCAGCAGCAGCUGCAACAACAACAACAACAACUUCAACUGCAACAACAACAACAACAACAACAACAUACGCAAUAUCAAACGCCAUUGGGCCCCGACGGCCAGCCGCGGCCCGAACAACUGUUUUUGGUAUUGGAGGACGAGGAGGACGACGAAGAGGACGAGGAUGUCCUGCUGGCAAGGCUACCGAACGACACCACCGUGCUAAGGGAGUACAUUACUGCGAGUCAAGGGUUCCUGCUCUUGCUAACGUUGAGACAGCAUUUGAAGGACCUGUACGGCUUCUCGGAUCAGAAGAUCAGCCAGUACUCGCCCACGGAGGCCGCCAAGGUCUACGAGAAAGCCGUGAACCGGAAGAACAACCUGUUGUUCAAACCGAAGGCUACUCUGCAGAGACUGAAGGACGGCGUGAGCAACGAGGAGCUGGACGCGGAGGGCAGGAAGAAGCUGGUGAAGGAGUACUUGGACUUCAAGCAGCUGAUGCUCAAGUUCGACCUUGAGGAACAAGAGGAGGACGGGAACGACGGGGACUCGAGCGGCAAGCAACUGGCGGAGAACGCGAAGCUGGCGCACCAGUCGGAGCUGGACGGGAAAUUAGGUGAUGGGAACGCGAUGGGUAACUAUCAGGGAAACGUGAACUCGACGAUCGAGCAUCCGAACAACUCUGUAAAUUCUGUAGCUGGCUCCGGACCUGUGCCCGUGCCCAUGCAGCCAAUGCACCCGCCUCCGGUGCCCCAGCAGAUGCAGCCGCGCGUGCCGAAGCUGACGAUACACGCGCACUCGGAGGCGAAGGAGCACCGCAAGCACCGCUCGCACAAAACGGAGAAGGUCAAGAAGCAUAAAAAGAAGAAGAGGAGAAGAAUCUCCGACAGCAGCGACAGCGGCGACGACUACAGUGAUCCUGACUUUCUAGUGUGAGUGCGGUGGUGUCCGCGCCCCUGUGUAUAUAUACAUACGCUAUGUGUGUGAGUGUGUAUGCUCGGACACCCCGGAGACAAUUCUGCUUUGCGGGCUGCCUCGACGAUAUCAUCUCCUGCAACAUCCGCAACACAACCGACGCCAGGUUGACGCUCGCAAGAUGGCGGCGGACUGUUUUACCGAUGGUACCGCGAGUGCUCCGAACUGUGUACAGAGAACGCUGGGUGCUCGACGAGAGUACGCGACGCGAGGGGUGUGAUUAUAACGAGAGAGAGAGAGAGAGAGAGAGAGAAAGAGCGAAUGGAAUUACAAUGUGAUCGCGGAAUUACGAAUCGGCGAUUCUCUUCUGAACGCCGCGUACAAGGGACAGACGAAAGUGGAAUAGGUUGUACUGUUUCUUCUUUAUCUGUCCCGUGUGCUCGGCGUUCGGAAAAUGAUCCGCGGGCUGGCAAUUCAGCGGGUAUCCUGUAUGCGUGCGAUCGAAGCGAGGAAGAGAAAAAUCACAGAAUUUUAAAUAACGAUCUUAGGAUUAAUCUUGUUGGCUAGGACGAAUCAUACGUACAUGUACACACAUACUCACAUACAUACACACACGCAUACAAGCAAAACACGUACGCACACAGAGACAUACUUGUACACUCACACGUAGACGGUGGACGCGCGUUCAGAUACGUUCGAGGGAUGGAACUUGGUUCAGUCGCUCCCUUAUUCUUCAUCUUCUUCUUCUUCUUCUUCUUCUACUUCUUCUUCUUAAACUUCAUUCUUGUUUCUCGGCUCGACGUAACGUAGCUUGUACAAAUCAGUCCAAGUCAAGUACCCCGAAAUCUUAUGAAAACCGCGUACAACGCGGUUUCGUAUGCGUUGAAGUUUUACGGAGAAAUAUAAACGGUCGUCCGUGGAUAUAAUUGUCGUAAUAGCAAACGGCAACAUCGAUCACGAUUAGUCAUUUGAUUUCUCUAGGAAAAAUAGAAGGCAUAUUUCGCUGACGUGUUUGAAUCGCGAGCGACAUAUAGCAAAAGUUUCUGAUUUUCUUUGGGAAAAGAGAAGCGCGACUACUUGAAGGAAAGACGACGGAUCCGUUAAAACUUGCUCCACAGCGCGCGUGUAUAAUAGAACGUGUGUAGUUAAAGAAACACAUUGCCUAUGCAUUACGAGAGAGAGAAAGAGAGAAAGAGAGAGAGCGAAUGAGAAAGACAGGAAGAGCGAGUGAGAGAGAGAGAGAGAGAGCGAGAGAGAAAUAAAAUGUUGUUUGUAAUAUCUGUACAUACAAAUUUCAAGUAAAGUAUCUUAUUUUCUUACAAACUAUAUAGCGGUGACAUUUAAACGAAGAAUACUUAAGAUUUUGUUGUAAUAUUAAGUAUUUAUUCAGAAUUCAUGUUGUCCCAAUAUAGUUUGCUUUAUGCACUCGUCUUUGGUGUAUCGAAGGAUGAAAUGGAAAAGUAACAAAACAAAAAAGUAUCGUUUUUAUACAAGCUUAGGAGUAAAAUAAUUGUAGUGAUUUACUCUCGACCGGGAAACAAAAAAGAGGGUGGGGGGCAGGUAGAGAGAGUGAGAGAGAGAGAGAGGCAGUGAAAGAGAAAAUGAGAGAAAGAGAGAGAGAGAGUGAGAAAAAGAAAGAAAGAGUGUAGAGAAAGAAUGUAUGCGUGGAAACUGGCCAAGUUGCGAAACGAAGGAGCAACAGUGAACGAAAAAAUGUGGAAUAGGAUCAAUUCGAAAAGCGAAAACGAACGAAAAAUUGCGUAGUAGGAGGUACACUAUUAAUCUAGUCGCGCGGUUGUCCGCUGUUCCUUGUUUCCUCGAAAUUCAUGCGGUCUCGGAUUCGGCCGUUCCGGGCCACGGUGUCGGCUUCGUCGCGCCGGCAUCGUGGACCAUGGGACACGCCGAUCGCUCUUUCCAUCGUCGCGAUGAUUUUUUAUACGUUUAUAAAGCCCCGUGGGCUGCCAUUAACAAUGAACAAAAGCAAUUCGGGCAGCCGAAGUCCGGGCUGUCCGUCGCGCGUACCCGCUCCAAGAGCAGGUCGCCGGGCAUCGAUCGAGUCGCCGCAAAUGUCACUUUGUGCGAGGAGGAAACGAGGCUUCGGAACCACCGCGCGAUCCAAUCGGACGCUUCGAAGCUCGCGAGAUUUGGAAUUAAUUAAUUAAUCAAUCGGCAGCGGACGAGCAGAGGACGGUCCGCGCGGCGGUUCGUUAACGAACGCAGACGAGCGAGGUCUCGACGAUACGCUUCCUUUCGUUUUACCAUUUACAAGUGAGCACUCUAUCGGGCUUCAGAUCUAUAUAUUUGUCCAUAUCACGUCGAUAAAUCUGGCAGCGAAGCGAGUGGACGGGAUUCGUUCGAUUAGCACUUUAAAGAGUCGACCGCCCGACGGAAAUGGGCCGGGGACCGUUCGACCCGUUAACCGGAUCGGCCGCUCGUUUUAUCGCCGACUGAAUCGUUUCCCGGAUCCCUUAACGGAUCGAACGAGCACGCUGCUUCAAUACUCACGCCAGACCGUGGACUCUUACGCCUUCGUGGUGGACCGACGCCUGCUCUGCGCGCAGAAUUUUGUCGCGGACCGAACCUCGCGGCUUAUCAUUCUUUAUUUUCUCUCGUUCAAAUCAGCGACAACGAGCAGCCGAGAAAAAGAAAGUCCACGGCCAACGAUCGAUCGACUGUACAUAAUUGUAAGCGUUCGCUUCCCAGGAUCUUACACGUCUUGGACGUCGUUUCAAGUGAUUUCCGUUUCCGGAGCCUCCGUACUACGAAGCCACGCGCUUCGUUCACACAAAUUCGAUCGGUUAUCUUUCGGCGAGGGAAAUAUAUCGCGAUCUCGGAUCUCGUAAUCUCUACCGUCCCCAGAAUGUGCAAUGCUAGAAGUUAGAGAAAUCGUUUUUUUUUCCCCGCGGAGCCGUCCGAGCCUGGCGGGCUCGGACGAGAGGUCGAGGAUCGCGACGUUUCCGCCCCGCGAAGAGAAACAGAGGCCUCGAUGUCGUCGAGCGCGUUCAUUGCGAAUUCGCCAGACCUCUUCCUUUUCAUCACGGUCCUCGAUUCCUUUUUAUUUAUGGUACUUAAUGCACUGGAACGAACAAAAAAAAAGAAGACGAAAAAAAACGUGUCGUUCCACCCGUCGUGAGACGAUAAACAUUUUAGAAAUGAAAGCUCGGAUUUUUUUUCAAUGCGCGGCGAACUAAACUUUAUUUUCUGAAAAUAAAAUCGAUCAAAAAACGUCUGUUUGGUUUUGUGUUGCGAUUCGAUCGUCACCUGUUGCACUUCGGAUCGGAUCAGCUGAGAGAACGCGACACCGUUUGCUCGACGACGAACGCAGGAGGGGGGGUUGAGACAGGUCUGCGAGCAGAGAAGGGUGAACGGAUCUUUAACUGUACAAAAAUGUUCGCGUGUAUAUAUUUAUUAUAUAAAUAGCUGGGCUGCGAGAGAACGUUGCAUUGUCGUUUCGUUGCAUCGAGAGAGAGAGAGUGAAAUGCGGGCGUGUCUGUCGAUAAUUAGCGAAGGGGGCGAGCGAGCGAGCGAGCGAAGGGGGCGGGAUUCGACGAAUGGUGGCGCGGCAAGAAAAAGAAAAGGGGGCUAAAGACGUGGGAACGAGGUCGAGUGCGUGCGAACGUAUGGGACAAGUUGGAGCGUUUUUCAUUAAACACUUUAUUGUUCGUUGUAAUAAACUUCUAGGAGGUAUACAUUAUAAAUUCUAAACAGUUAUAUAUUUCUAUGUGCAUAUAUACAUAUAUAGGCCGGUAUAUAUGUAUGUAUACAUAGCGUGGAACGGAGGGGGAGCGAUAAAACGAUAUCUUGUGGAGUCCGCGUUUUCGGAUCGAGUGAAUGUGAACGUAAAAAUUACUAUUGAGAAAUAAGCGAAUAAAUAAAUAAAUGAAAAAAAAUAGAGCGAGAGAGAGAGAGAGAGCGAGAGAGCGUGUGAUGCUAGAAAGGGAGGGAAAAAAAAUAGGUCACCCUGAUCGAUCGUACUGAAGCACGGUACGAAGGCACAUUUGUAUUAUAACAUUAUACAUAUAUAAAUAUAAAUAUAAUUGUAUCACCUAUGUUUUUUGUAUUUGGUAAUCUAACGAGAGCGAACGCGAGAGAAUGGGAGAGAGUGACCGUGUCCGGGAGAGAGAGAGCGGGAGUGAAAGAGAGACGGAUAUCGAAUUAACGAGCAGAAGGUUCAUAGAAAGUAUAUUAUAUAUAUUUGAGUAAAUGGAUCCUGGGGCUUGGCGUUGUCCACGACGCCCGCCGGGACGCAACAAACGAUCGUCUUUAUACACACACACCGGGACUUUGUUCCUUCUUUGUUUUCUGUUCUACCGCUUAGACUGGGGUCGGGGAAAUCUAAAUGUAUCGAGGUCCAUUUUCGGGGCCCGCGCGGCCAGCACCUGGACAGGGCCCAGCCUCAUUUACUCAAUAACUUAUUAUGUACAUCGUCUGAAGAAACCGGUACGUUCGUAAAGAAAAAAAAAGAAAUAAACAAUUAAGUAUGUAUCAA